AUGCCAACGAAGGCCAUAGGAGUAUUUGAUAUCUAUGAUGAUUCGUUCCUUCAUUUGGUUUCUACAGAAGCGACUCUUCGUCGUCUACAUACUGGAUUAGCGUGGGCAGAAGGUCCUGCAUAUUUUCCUGCUUUACGUACACUUAUUUUCUCUGAUAUACCCGAAAAUUGCAUGCUACGCUAUGAUGAAUGCAAUGGACAAACAAGUGUUUUUCGCUCUCCUUCAUCGAAUGCUAAUGGUAAUACAGUUGAUCGACAAGGUCGUUUAGUAACAUGUGAACACCAGACACGACGUGUAACAAGAACAGAACAUGAUGGUACAAUAACUGUACUGGCCGAUCGAACCGAAACCAAUAAACGUUUUAACAGUCCCAAUGAUAUUGUGGUUAGAUCCGAUGGAUCAAUCUGGUUUACAGAUCCUACGUAUGGUAUUGAUUCAGACUAUGAAGGUGAUCAAGGAGAAAGUGAAAUUGGAGGAAAUCAUGUUUAUUGUUUGAAGGAUGGUAAAUUACAUGUGGUAGCAAAAGAUUUUCAACAACCGAAUGGAUUAGCUUUUUCUCCUGAUGAACGACGUCUAUAUAUUGCUGACACAGGAAAAAGUCAUCGGCCUAACGAUGGACCAGCACAUAUUCGUGUUUUUAAUGUAGGUGAUGACUGUAUUUCAUUGACUGGUGGAGAAGUCUUCGCUGAAUGUAGAGAUGGAUUUUUUGAUGGAUUUCGCUUGGAUACUACUGGAAACAUAUGGACAAGUGCUGGCGAAGGAGUGGAAUGCUACGAUGGAAAUACAGGUACCCUACUCGGUAGAAUUCGUGUACCAGAAAUUGUCGCAAAUGUAUGUUUUGGUGGUGGUGUAAAACGUAAUGUACUUUAUAUUUGUGCUACUACUUCACUCUACGCGAUUCGAUUAGCCGUUAAUGGAUGCAAGACUUUUUAA